CACACGGCCGACGAUUGUUAAUUAGUGAUGGUCAUCCGUGCCUGAAGGGCAUUUCUACGCGUACGUGAAGACGCGAUAAUCGACGGAACAUCAGCACGCAUCGCGAUCAAAUCUGUGAGGAAUAUAUCUCCAAAGCAACCAUGUCGAUAUCGAACGGGAAAACUUCUUCCGACAUCGAGAACGUAGACUGGAACUCGUCCGGGAUGUUAACGCAUACCAGGUACGGUUCCACCAGCAGUCAGGUGUCGCAGAGCAGUGGCGACAUUUGCCGCAUCUGUCACUGCGAAUCGGACACCCACAACCCGCUGCUGACGCCCUGCUACUGCUCCGGAAGUCUAAAGUUCGUGCACCAGACCUGUCUGCAGCAAUGGCUGACGGCGUCGGAAACGAAUGCCUGCGAACUGUGCAAGUUCCCGUUUAUCAUGCACACGAAAAUCAAACCAUUCAACGAGUGGCGCAGUUUGGAUAUGUCCGGUGUGGAACGUCGUCGGCUGUGCUGCGCGGUACUGUUUCACUGUGCGGCCGGUUUAUGCGUCAUCUGGUCGCUGUGCGUGCUGAUCGAGCGAGCCGCCGAAGAGGUACGGCGUGGACAGAUCGGAUGGCCUUUCUGGACGAAGCUGAUCGUGGUGACGGUUGGGCUGACCGGUGGCGUCGUGUUUAUGUACAUCCAGUGCAGGCAGUAUUUGAACCUUUGCAACCGUUGGCGUGCUAGAAAUCGCAUACUGCUCAUACAGAACGUUCCGGAGAAGAUCCAUCCACCGCAGUCGCCCCAGAUGCCGCAGUUUCGUCGUGUCCGCACGGCCGCCACUUCCGGCCAACCGCUCGGCGGUACGAUGGGCAUCAAUGCGGUCAAUAAUGCGGUGACGGCGGCGUCAGUUGUUGCGGCUGCGGCCGCCGCCGCCGCCCGUCAAUCAUCGUUCGAUCAUCCGCUGGGUGCGGCCACGGUAAAUGUCAGCAUUGGUGGACCGUCGGUGGGUGCGGGCGGUGGAAACCAUUGCGAGCUGCAGCUCAACCAGCAGGGUCAGAUUAUAGCGGCCAACAUUGAGAGUAACUCGAUCGGCGGGUACGAUCGUGACUGGACGCUGGACGACAUUAGCCAGGUGUCGUUCAAACCGUGUCUGCAGGGUAGCGGCAGCCUAACGCCGAUGCCGUUCCACGACUCGGUGCACAACAUCUGCGAGACGACGACCGGGAGUGGCAGCGGUAUAAUGGUGAUGAGUGCCACCUCAACCACGGCAGCCGGUGGGGCGGCUUCCAUAAACAAUAAUGGUAGCAGCGGCAGCCAUCGCUAUUCAACCGUGUCCACCACGUCGAAUCAAUGCGGUGAACAGAUUGCAGCUAAUGGAUCCGCUACCGGUGGCAAACCCGGCGGUACCGGCGGUCCGGAGUUAAGUUUGCUCAGUAAGCUGAACAAUGGGGCGGCAGAACGAAGUAGAAGUAACUCACCCAACGUUGCACCGUCAGCGGUUGUGACCACUCAGGCCGUCCCUACGCCGGGUGCGAUGGGACGUUACGUGAAUUCGGCCAUAUUCCUCGAAAAUCGUGAUAUUUUAAACGAUCCCUCCAUGGGACCGAACGGACAGGAUGACACGGCGGCGGCGACAAGCAAACUGUACCACCGCCACUCGACGGUGCUGGCCGGGCCACCGACCGUGGCCGGGUUUGGCAGGGAUGAGCCGCUGCCCGCAAGCACGUGUGGUGGUGCGCACGAACCGAACAAAUCAUUCCGUCGCUACUCGGACACGAAGCUGCUGCAGAAGCAAUCGCUAAGCUUCCCGCAGGAACCGCUCGCACUGUGCGAGAUCGGUACGCACACCAAAGAUCAGCUAUUGCUCAAUCCCAAAAGCAUCAUCUACGACAUGACGAGCCUGCUGGGACCGGCGGUCGAUCCGGCUAACGGUUCCGACCGGACCCUCAUGCCGGGCGGUGAUAUGGCGAACAGCAGUCGCGUUCACCACAGUCACCAUCACCAUCAUCACCAUCAUCAUCCGCAUCACCAUCAUCGGCAUCAUCACGGUGCGUACCAUCCUCAUCCGCAUCCACUUGCAUCGCCCGAUGGUCGAUCGGGGGAAGAUUCCAUCCAGCAGAACGCACUCCAGACGACUGACAUCCAGUUCGAAAGUGGCGGCCCGUUAGACGAUGAUGCGCUGGAGAUGAAUAUACAGGAGAUACUCGAGUACGAUCAGCUUCAGCAGCAACAGCAGCAUUAUUUCGCACAGGACAAACAUCCGCGUACGAACGUGGAGCAGCGGUUAUCGCUCGAAAACAUCCUGCAGUCGUCGUAUCACGAUGAUCCGGGAACGGUCCCGGUACGUCCGUACUACGACCAUCAUGGCCAUUCGAUGCUGUCGCUUAGUCUCGCCAGCAAAACGCCCCCUCCUCAUCCACCUGCCGCCCUCCUCACGGGUGGUAGUAGCCAUGUCCAGCAGCAGAUAGUGUCCACCGACUAUCCGUACCCUCGCUCAACGAUGGCCGGUACCGUCGUCGUGGCGGACAGUGAUCAGCAGCACCAUCGUCCCUAUCAUCAACAGCAGCAGCAGCAGCCAUUGCAUGCGCAGCUGCAACAGCAACGGUCACACUGCUGUGGCGAAACACCGGAUGCUGCGAAUCGGUUUGCCAGCGACAGCAACAAGCUGAAGCUGUUCAAAUCGUUGCCCAAUCUGAGCGCGAGCAGUGAAAAUUUGCUCCCAUAAAAAGGGUUUUAGUAGGCUGCGUGGAAACAUUCGGGUGAAACCAAUUAUUUAGCAUGAGGCUGACCACAUUGUCGCCUACACAACUCUAGGGCGCGGUGUAGUGCGUAAUGUAAAGAGAUAAAAAAAACAAACAAAACGUAAUAUAUUUGUGAUUGUUCGCUAGAGUAAACCAAGCGCUGUAGAUGAUAUUUUAGCAGGGUUUUAAGCAUUAUAAGUGAUGUGUCUGUGCGUUUGUGAGGAAGGAUACUCGGAUUUUUAGACGCGGUAGAAGCGCCACCGUAGACGGGCGUGACACGGAGAGCUAUUAGAGUUCGAGGACGAGAUGUUUUGAACGGAACGAAGAACGAAAUUGUGUGAAUUGUAGUGAUAAAAGAGGGGAAAAGCGGCGCGCGAAUUUCUCACUUUCCCGUUUCUCUUCUUAUAACCUCUUAUCUAUAGUAGCCACGUUAUAACGAUGAACUUGCAAAGCCAAUCUUAACACUAACUACUACCACAGAAACAACAGAACUCUCCUAUAUUUCAACCACUUCCCGGCCCCGAUGCCCGCGAUGGUCGAUCAUUGCAACACACGAUGGCUUCCAUUCGAUCCGGUAUCCCUGUUGUAGAUAAAACUAACUAGCGUUUAAAAGUAACAAAUCAAGUCAAAACUCAAUUUCAAUAACAAACAGCAGAGAAAGUAGAAUUCUUGUGCCAGGGCUGGUUAGCAGAAUCGGAAAGGAAAAGCUAUGGAAGCAGGAGCAGGAGACAUUGUGAAUCGAAUUUUAGCGAAUUAAACUAGCCAGUAGUGACGGGGUGUGUGGGGUGUGUGAUGUCGUAAAAUUAAAAACAAACAGGAGGACCAGCGAUAGGAUCGGGAAAACAUACACGCACACAACGUCGUAAAGCUUUUCUCCAUCCCCCAACCUGUGUUGUUCGGUCGGUAGUGUGAUAAAGGACACAAAAGCAAAAAGGAAACGCAGCAUAGGUUGCAUCGGCAGUUUUGUUUUGUUUUAUUUUACCGCGACAAGCGCCGCAACAUACAGACCGGCAUAUUAUGGGUGUAUAUUUGAUUCUAGUGAUAACAGACUCUAAUGACUAACGAUGAAUAUGUUACUGUUUCAUUUUACUAUUUCAAGUGUCCAAUACAAUUCGAA